AUGUACACGUUCCCAAUAACUACCAGACUACUGCGGAUAUCCGCCACCACCGGCGCCGCCGGCGCUGCUGCUGGGUGCGAUGUGCAUCGAUGCGUGGCGUUAAUUGGUGGUGGAGGUAGUGUGUGGAGAGAGGGGAUCAUCUGGCGUGGUUGAGCCGAUCGAUUUGAAGCUGGUCAAAGGCUGGAGUAUGAAAUAAGUGAAGUUACUUGGGAAUGCUCUUGGCAAGAGCAAUAA